AUGGGCCAAGUCAGAACUGAACGUAUGAAGCCAUCACCUCCAUUCUACCACACUGCUAUUGACUUGUUUGGCCCGUUUGUUAUAAAGGAUGCUGUUAGACGCAGAGUUCGUGGGAAAUGCUUUGGGGUUAUUUUCACUUGCUUGGUUUCAAGGGUAGAGCACCUGGACAUCACUGAAAACUACAGCACUGAGGCGUUCUUUGGUAGUUUGAGGAGAUUUGUUAGAAUCAGAGGUUAUCCACAAAUCAUUCAUUCAGACAAUGGCACACAGCUGUUUGCUGCUAACAAGGAGCUAUGCGAGGUAGCUAAAGAUUUGGAUUUAGAUGUCGUAUCCAGAUUUGGAAACAGUAAUGGUAUACAAUGGUCAUUCAACAAGUCCAGUGAUGCCCCAUGGCUUAAUGGCGCUUGUGAAAGCUUGAUUAGACUUGUGAAGAAUGGCAUAUCAAAAUCCAUAGGAGAUGGCAUUCUCAAUUUCAGUGAACUUCAGACUGUGGUGUAUGAAGUGGAUAACCUGUUGAACAGUAGACCCAUUGGCAUUAAACCAGGAUAUGAUGUUGAAUUAGGAGUAUAUUUAUAUCCAAACGAUUUGCUAUUAGGACACAAUAACAUGGGAGUACCUCCUGGCAUACUUAACAAUGAUGUAGGUUCGAAGGGUAGAAUGGAUUUUAUACAAAGUAUAGUAAGCUCCUUCUGGAAAAGGUGGCAACGGGACUAUUUUCCUACACUGCUUGUGAGACAGAAAUGGCAUGUGGAAAGGAGGAAUAUGAAACCAGGAGAUAUAGUGAUUGUCCAAGACUCCAAUCCCAUCAGGGGCAAGUGGAGACUGGCUCAGGUUACUAAAGUAGAGCAGGGCAGAGAUGGCAAAGUGACGGUGACUUUGUCUCUUGUGCGUUUGGAUGUGUUGGAGCAAGGUGCCCACGGUGUGGAGCCGGUGCAAGGGCUCAGGACUGCUUUGGGCUCCCCAGGACCAGUAGUGUUACGCUGCAUGGUAGCACUCCGUGUGGUUACGAGUGUAGAUUUGAGGCGGCAGUCCAGCACGGCUUAG